ACAAAAUCAGGAAGACCUGUGAGGCAGUUCGAGUCUAACAGCAGCAGCACAACUGUGACGCCGGAAUCUCAGCUCUUCAUCCUCCAAACGUCAAGUGUUGGAAUAUGACUACCGCCACCACAACGCCGGACUACUCUUACGAGGACGGCGUCGGAAUGUUAUGCAACAUUGAGCCGGAUCCUGCCGCGGAAAUAACCCAGACGAUCAUCCACUCCGUCAUCUGUGCCUUCGGCCUCUUCGGAAACCUUCUGGUCAUCACCACCUAUGUGUUCCACAAGAAAGCCAAGACCAUGACGGACGUGUACCUCUUCAACGUUGCCAUGGCCGACCUGAUCUUCGUGGUGGCUCUACCUUUGAUCAUUUACAAUGAGCAGCACAAGUGGUUCAUGGGCACCGCGGCAUGCAAGAUCCUGAGGUCGGCGUACAGCAUCAACCUCUAUAGUGGGAUGCUCCUGUUGGCGUGCAUCAGCGGGGACCGUUACGUCGCGAUCGUUCACGCCAGGCGUUCCUUUGGCUCUCGCUCCAGUGCCCUGAUCUACAGCCGGGUCAUCUGCCUGGUGGUCUGGCUCUCCACCGCAGCGCUCACCUUGCCCACGCUCAUCUACACCAAGCGCUUUGAGGAGAAUAAUGGCAAGGCCUCCUGUGAAAUGUCCUUUGACAACAAUGAGACCGCCAAGCUCAUGAAAGUUCUGGUUCCAAGUCUGCAGAUGGGUGUGGGCUUCAUGCUGCCUCUGGUGGUGAUGCUGCUUUGCUACUCCAGCGUCGUCUUCACCCUGCUGAGAGCGAAGAGCAGCCAGCGGCACAAGGCCGUGCGCGUGGUUCUCGCGGUGGUGGUGGUUUUUAUCCUCUGUCACCUGCCCUACAACGUGACUCUGCUGGUCCACACCACAGUUCUAUUCACCCAGAGAGAUUGUGGCGAGGAGAAACUGAAAUUCCAAGUCCUGACCAUCUCCAGGAGUGUGGCCUACCUCCACUGCUGCCUCAACCCGAUUCUCUACGCCUUCGUCGGAGUGAAAUUCCGGGCCCACUUCAAGCAGAUAAUAAAAGAUUUGUGCUGCUUCAGCAAAUACUUCAUCUCAUCCACUCGCGCCUCCAGAGGAACGUCCGAAAUCUGCAUCUCGGGCGUCAGGAUCUCUGACGGCUCAAACCAUGUCUCAUCCUUCAGUGCAUAAAGUUGUUCCAUGGACUAAGGAAUGUUUUUCUGUAUAAAAUUUGCUUUAUUGCGCAAAUUAACUUGUAAUGCAAAAAAAAUAAAGAACCAAAUAAGGCAUC